AUGGCCUCGACAUCCUUUAGAGACUCGAUGAACUCGUUGGGGUGGUCGCGUCGUGAAUCCGACUAUCCGGCAACCACGUCACAGUCGACCGGAUUGCUGUCGUCAAUGAAAUCGCUUAAUCCCUUUGGAGACCGUGGAUAUGUGCAACUACCCACGACCGAGGGCCCCGGCGCUCCCCUGCCGGCGAGCAACCGUCGUGAUGAAGAGGAAGGCUGGUUUGUCCUGAGUCGUUGGGACCGUCUGCUGAUAUUCGGUGCCUGCAACCUGGGCGCUCUCGCCUGCUUCGUUCUCUGCUUCGCCCUCUGGCCGAUUCUUAUGGCCAAGCCCCGGAAAUUCGUAAUCCUAUGGUCAUUCGGCUCAGUCCUCUUCCUCUCCUCCUUUGCGGCCAUGAUGGGACCUAUGGCGUAUGCGAAGCAUCUGACCUCUGGGACUCGAUUACCCUUCACUGCGGCAUAUUUUGGAUCAAUUGCGUUGACUAUAUACUUCUCGAUCGGUCUUCAAAGUACAAUCCUUACCCUGAUCUCUGCCAUCAUCCAGAUUGCAUGCCUUACAUGGUACUUGGUCAGUUACUUCCCAAUGGGCUCGAGUGGCCUUCGCCUCGCGGCAUCUUUUGGCGGCCGGCGUGCUGCUGCUUGGGUGACCGGCUAG